CCCUCCCCCUCUCCCCCCUCUCUCUCUCUCUCAGACUAUCCAAGAUGACUAUGAGAAGUUACUAACUCGUGAUAUUAAUGUCCAAUUCCUUCAAGUACUGGCCCCAGGUGUUGUCCAUUCUAAUUGCUCCUCUAACAAGACUGGUAGUGCCACUAAUGUGUAUCCUUCAGCUGGUACUCCUUCUGAUGACAAAUCACUCGCCGAUGGGGUGGGCAUUAAUAAGAGAUUCAGAAUGGAGGAUUUAGGACUCGUCUGGGAGACGGUAGAAUCACUGCAUCACUUCUUAUAUCCAGAUGGUUGUCAGUUGUAUGCUCCUGAGAGGGAGCCAGCCUGUGUUCCUCUUGUCCUUACUAAUAUCCUUGGUACUUGUACUUAUGCAAUGGCUAUCAAGUUCACACGUCUAUUCUUCAUUGAAAAGCCCAGUGAUGUUAGGUGUGGUCAUUAUAAUCUCCUCCCCUGGACAGGCUGUAUGAGUAGUCUAUCAGGUACUCUGACUAACAGUAAACUGAUAUACCUCCCAACGGUCAUUGUAAUGGUCUCAAGGAUGCCUUACUUUAGACUCUUGAAGGAAGCACUAUCUGGGUAAGGGAUUAUAGUACAUGUAUUAUACAAA